GCGAUGGUCAACGACGUCCUCGACCCUUCUGCACUUGUUUCUACGCUUCCGACCCUUUUACCCACCAACAAUGCGAGGCUCAAGUCCCCGCACGACGCUAUCGCAGCUCUUCUACACUCGGCCUUAAUCGCGCUCAACUUCCGUCUCGUUGCAGUGGAUGACUCCACACCUGCUAUUGCCAAUCUGAACGGCGUCUUCCCUGAAGGCUGGAACCAGCAUGGUCCAGGAAAUUACACCUUUAGGUACCGACAUGAGCAGAGCAGCCUUGAGUUCAUAGUCAAAAUCGCAAAGUUGGGUAGUCGCACCCUAGUGAAUGCGAUCGCGGUCGAGAGUGACAAGGCUGCGACUCUUGACAUAUCCACAGACGAUUAUUCGUCACCUUCUUUCUUCCCUUACGAUGCGAGCGCUUCUGAUGCGCAACCCCUUGUUCACGGCUUCAUUUCUUCCAAUCGUAUUGCGGACUUGAUGGCGCAGUUCAAACUGAAAAUAAUUCAAAAGCUGAUGCCUGGUUUGCGCAAGGAGGGGUACAGCGAAGACCCUGGAGAGGCUUCCUCCAGCACAGGAGCCGUCCCUGCGCGCACUGAUAACCCCCCUGCGCGCCCACGUACCGAAGAGCCUCCCUUUGCUCCUGAUCGACAAUUUGAUCGCCCCUAUCGCAUCCCCACUGCAAAUCCUCUCGAAAUUGGCAGGCGGGACCUUGAUCCCUUAGCUGCCAACCCUUUCGCACCGCCGAGUUUGUUCCCUAGCCACGGCGGCGACGGGAUGUUCGUCGGCCCUGACCACCCCAUUUUUGGACAGGGCAGACAUGGAAAUGGCCCGAUGCCGCUCCGUGGGCCUUGGGGAGGAGAUGGUUUCUUGCCGCCCAUGGGUGCUCCCCCCGGAGCCAGGUUUGAUCCAGUAGGGCCUGGUCCCUUUCCAAGGAGAGGAGGCUUUGGCACCCGAGGUGGUUUACCUGGGGCAGGAAAUCUGCGAGGGCCAGAUAAUGACGAAUUUAUGCCUCCUGGAGCAGGCGAUAUGUUCAUGUAGGAUUACGGAAAUUCACGAAGCUGCUGUAGUUCAUUUGUCGUAGUUGUAUUUCUUGUUGUACGAGUUUGGAAAGAACAGUAGGUGAGGCAAACUGUGUCCGUGUAUAUGUGAUCGAACUCCAUAUUUGCCGUUCGGG